UACUUGAGUGCCCUUUAGUCACUGUAUCAUAUGUUCCCCCAUCAUGCAAUAACCCUUUCCCCAGUUUCUCUGCUGAGGGUUUAGGAGCCCAUGGAAAAUGGCAGGUCUGGAAGAGGAAGGGGUCCAUGGCAACAAGUCAAGAAUUAGGGCCCUAGAGGAGAUAAGGUGUGAUGUAUUCAUCACACCUCCCUCUGACUCAUGUGGUGCACAUAAAAGACACCCAAAUCAAAGGUAGAGGAGGAGGAGAAGGAAGUUUCCAGGCUGAGCAGCAUGAAGCCCUCACCCAUCAGCAGCCUCCUUCUGCUACUGUUGCUCCUAAUCCCAAACUCUGGAGCAGCAUUGCUAAUACCAGCCAGCGCUACCUGCUGUACUCAGCUCUACCGACACCAACUCUCAAACAAGCUACUGAGGAAGGUCAUCCGAGUGGAACUUCAGGAGGCUGAUGGGGACUGUUAUCUCCAGGCUUUUGUGCUUCACCUGGCUCGACGCAGCAUAUGCAUCCACCCCCAGAACCACAGCCUCGCUCAGUGGUUUAAGCAACAAGGGAGAAGGCUCCAGGGAACCCUACCCAACCUGAAUUUGGAGCUGCUAGGGAAGAUGGGCCAGAGCCCCCAACAGCCGAAAUAAUAAAGCAGCAUUGAACAAAUAAUCUGAGUG